GCAGCCACUCGUUCUUCUCAAGCAGCUGAUUGACCCAAAUCGUCUCAGUAAACAAAUUGUGUGUGAAAACUUUGCAAUAACAUCUUAUCCGUGGGGUUUCUCGUUGCAGCAGCAUCAUCUGACGAUACACGAACGAGACCAUCUAAUACUAAACAAUCGUCCAUUCGAUUUGGGUGUUUGGAGUGGUGUGCUGACCGCUAGUAUGUCGGGUUCGUCGUCUACGAACAAGCCAGACCAGCAACAGCAUCAAGAACGGGAAACUGAACCGCAGCAACAACCACAACAACCGCUGGAUGAAACAGCUCAGGAACAGCAUUGCUCCCAGCAGCAACCGAAAUGGGUGUGCGAAUAUUGUACAUACGAAAACUAUCCAUUGUCUCUUAAAUGUAUCAUGUGCAAAGGGUCGAAGCCACUUCUUAAGGAGGAUAUCUUUCGCCUAAGUCCAACGCAGCAGCUCAGUGCGACGAAUAGAUCGAACCCAAAUCUGGCGAGUGGUGCUGUAAAAUCGACAACAGUCGCAGAGCUUGAUACCAAUCAGCGAUGGCCAUGCACGGCAUGUACCUAUCUGAAUCUUCCCCACACCAGACGGUGUCUGCAGUGCGACACCGUGCGCAAGGAGGACGUGAUCCCGAUGCAGCAACAGCUCCAACAACAAAAACCAUCUCCCCCAAAAGUGAUAAGCGAGUACGAUAGCAUUAGCGAUCAGUUGAAUGCAAUGAACAUUUGCCGUAGUGCCAGCCCCGGGGACGAUGGAACUGUGUGCACAAGCGAUACUGGAAGUGGUAAGCGGAAUCGCAACAAUUCACCAGCAUCGGGUGCAUCGUACGGUACCAGCUCACGAUUAGCAACGUCCGCACCCGACAGUGAACCGGUCGGAAAGGGCUGUGCGAGCGACUCCAAACACUCACCGUCUCCCGUGUCCUCUUCGCCCGUCAGUACGAUGGGCCGGGCCGUGGCCAGCUCACCGGUCAACACAGGAAAAUGGUUCUGUUCUGUUUGUACGUACGAAAAUUGGCCGAAAUCGCUCAAGUGUUCAAUGUGCUUGCAUCCGCGUGACUCCCCGAGCAGUAACGUAGGAAACAAAAGUACUCAAGCGACCGCUAAAGCGUCCCCGGAACACGACGAGAACAGUAUCAACGUGGCGAGCAACAUCAUGGUAAACAACAAGCGUAAUCAACAGUUUGUCGGCCACGCCGACUCCAUAAACAAUAUGGAUGCCUGCAAGCAGGAACGUUACCUGCAGCUGUUGCGUCGACAACCGGACUGGGACUGGUUGAAUGCAUGCGUCGGUAUAGCGGAAAAUAAUAUUGGCGCUGUGGAAGCGUACCUGGAGUGUGGUGGCGAUCCAAGCCGGGCCCUUACAUCGGCCGAAGCGUUUCUAAUUAGCCGGAACAAUUGUGCAUUUGAUGUGGGCCACACGCUGAUUCAUUUAGCGAUACGGUUUCAUCGCGACGAGAUGUUGCCGCUGCUGUUGGCACAAAUUUCCGGCUCGGGCCCAGGUAUCAAGCGAGUGCCAGCGUACGUAGCGCCGGAUCUUGCCAGCGACAUACGCCGCCACUUUGCCCAAUCGCUACGUAUACGCAAAGCUUCGUUCAACUGCCAGUUCGUGAAUGAACAUGCCACCUUUUCGCUGCCGGCCGACAUCGAGGAGCUUCCGCUGGUGCUGCAGGAGCAGCUGUACGAGGAGUUGCUGGACAAGGAUGCGCAAAAGCAGCUGGAAAUGCCACCGCCCGCACUAAACUGGUCGCUGGAAAUUACGGAACGGCUCGGUUCCCGGCUGAUGGUGCUUUGGAAUCGUAGCGCUGGCGACUGUUUGCUCGAUUCCGUCUUACAGGCUACGUGGGGCGUAUUUGAUCGUGACAAUACGCUCCGACGAGCGUUGGCUGACAGCUUGCACCAGUGCAGCCAUAUCUUUUACCCACGCUGGAAGGAGAACGAACUAUUCCAGGCGGCGUUGCUUCAGUACACCGUCGGUGAGAUGCAGCUAGAGAAAGACUGGAACACGCUACUCUCGUUGGCUAGUCAUCCCGGUUCGUCCCUAGAGCAACUACACAUCUUUGCCCUGGCACACAUCAUGCGCCGACCGAUCAUUGUGUACGGUGUGAAGUACGUGAAAAGUUUUCGCGGCGAAGACAUUGGAUUGGCCCGGUUCGAGGGUGUCUAUCUACCGCUACUGUGGGAACAGAGCUUCUGUAUCACAUCGCCGAUCGCGCUUGGCUACACACGUGGUCACUUUAGUGCACUUGUACCGACCGAUCCGUACUCCCGAAUCGAUGCAACUCGGGACGACCGGGAAGACAUAACCUUUUUGCCUCUAAUGGACUGUGAGAUGAAGCUGUUGCCGAUUCAUUUUCUGACCAAAAAUGAGAUUGGUCGCGAAGAAAUGCUGAUUCGCCAAUGGCUAGAAGUAUGCGAAACCGAAGGAGGAUUGCUUGUCGCACAGCAGAAGCUUCACAAACGUCCAUUAUUAGUCGCUCAACUGCUUGAGGAAUGGCUUAACCACUAUCGUAGGAUAGCGAUCUCGAGGCUGUUUUAAAAUAGAAAUCGUUCUACUUCGUGCUAGCGUGUAGUACAGUAUUGCGGAAGAUCCUGUACAUGUCCGGCUGGUGCAGACAGAUCAGCCAGGCUUUAAAUUUACAACGCUUCCAAGCUAAUCGUUCCCCUAGUCCUGUUGCACGGGUCAUUACGGAAAUGCUUAAAAUUCGUGAUUUUGUCCACUACGGUAGGUUACGUAGCCUGGUUUAGAUAGUAGCGCAUCGUUUCCUUUCUACGAGCACACACACAGACACGUGCGUGUCAACCGAUGGCAUAAUUUUCUCCUUGGCGAAAUAUAUCGCAUUUUUUUUAAGCAUUAUCCCAUUGUGCCGUGGAUGUUGACGCAUAUGGGAUGGCGCAAACAGCCAGCGUACAACCAGUUUUUACCUUUUGCUGCGAAUGUGAAAAAUCAACCUAAAGCUGUGAAAAAUUAAAUGCAAAACAAUUCUAAGCCGUUCCUCUUCCUUCGCGGGAGGUUCGCGAUAUCAUUUUAACUAAAAAGAAGGCAUUACGGUAUGGGUGCUACUUACUCUAUUUGUAUCGAAAUCUUAUCAAGAGAGUAUAUUUUUGUAUCCGUUUUUCUCCACCCAAUAGUAUAUUCCUUCCUAUUGUGUAUCAUGGCGAGACAUAGCCGGAGUUUGUUUUAUGAAAUAGAAAACCAGUGUUUAAUGUCCCUGUUAACAAGUUUAUUCCAAGUAAGAUUCAAACUAUCCUCCCCAUUGAAUGCGUCCGGCCGUUUGAUGAAACGGGGGACAUUUUAAUCCUUUCAUCUACUAGCACACCUAUAUAUGCUUUUCAUGAAUAUAUUCCUCCAAAUUGCUUACCUAUCAAACAGCACUUACUCUCGUUAGGCGCGCAUUGUGCCUUUUUGUAAAAGUAACGCGAAUUAAACGAAUUAAUAUCUCAAAUCCAUAGGCAUGCAAUGGUUUGCAGAGCAUUUGCAAAGAUGAAUUUAAUAGUGCCCGUUCUCGCAUGAAAGUCAAUUUCAAUCCAGAUUGAAUCAAAAGUUGUUUGUUUGUUUUUUCUAAACAAAACUAUACGAAAUAGUUUGCGUGAUAGCGUUGGAGGUUGAACUGGGAAAGGGAUUGCACUUAGUGAAGAAAAGGUGUUACGUUGGAAAUUGUGGAUAAAAUUACACCACUCAUGUACGCACUAUGGUAGGCAAGCGUGAGAAAAGCAGCGCCAUCGUUUGGCGGCCUUUGCGAUAAGACAAGGAAUCUAGUAGAAAGCAGUAACAUGGAUUGCAGCUUGAAGGAUACAGUUGGGAACAGAUAUGAAACUACCAUAGUUAUUUUCCGUACGUGUGUGUGUGUAUCUGUGCGUGUGCGUGUGUGUGUGUGUCAAACACAGCAUAACAAUAGUAGAUAAGCUAAAACGCAGUGCGCUCAGAGGCCGAACAAUAAUAUAAUGAACCUUAUUCUAACAGUCAUGCGCAAUGGUGAAUAUAAAGAUUGCGUGGAAGGCGCAUAGUUUCGCUUAGCAAUGAGUUUCAAUUACAAGCAGUUGCGAAUGUAGUGCAAGGAGAAAAUAGAUCUAAUCUAUGUUGAGGCGGCAGUUUCUUUCGUACUACUACUAUUAAUACUACCUUACCGAUACCACAAAAACACAUUGUUGAAUAUUGUUAAGUUUCAAAGUGAAGUUCGUUUACUUUUUCUGGGUUCAAAACUGGUAGCAUGUAUAUAGUUACGUUCAGCAUAACCACACGCGAAAGCUGUAUGAAGCAUUAUGCAUAUAUAUAUGUUUUAAAAUAAAUUAUUUUUUUGCUCACAAUGUAAACAAU